UUUUUAUAAUGUUUUGUUAGUUUUAGAUUUAAAUGUUUACUAUUUACUUGUAUUAAAACCAUGAGUGCGAAAAAUUUUGCUGCACUUUUUAAUGGUAUCACAAGACAAAUUAUAUUUGAAGAUGCUGAGAUAACAGAUGAAUUUCUAAAAGAGCAGCUAUAUCCUGAGAUAACCCAAGAAGAGUUUCAGGCUCUAUUAUCAAAAUGCAAAACAUGGUUACAAAAUAUUUCAUACUCUAACAUGGACUUGAAACAACUUGAAGCUUUUUUGAAAUCUCAAAUGACAAGAAAUAAAGAGAAUUUAACUGAGGAUCAAAUGACGGCGAUUCUAAAGUAUUGGAAAAGUAACAAAGACAAAGUUCAAGCAACACUAUUGUCAAAAACAAAAUGGGAAGAUAAAUUUCGAAUGCUUAAAUGGCAAAUUGAUCUUGGUUAUAAGAAAAAUAAAGAAAUAGACAAUUCCAAAGCAGUUUUUCAAUUAGGAUUAACAAAGUGUAAUGGAACUGAAGAGGAGUUGGAGUUUGAAGUUAACAACGAAUCUCUAAACAAUAUGAUAUCACAAGUUGAAAAAAUUCAUGCAAAAAUUGACAGCUUAUCAAAGUAGUAUCAUGGUUAUUUAAGUUUUAUACAAAAUCUUUAUGAUGGUUAUAAAUAAAAUUAUUAAGUCAUAAAAAAGUUUUAAAUUUUUCUUAAAUUAUUUUGUUUAAUUAUUUUGCUCAAU